AUGAAAAAAAAUCCUGUUCAUCUUAAAUCUAUACAAAUAUGGUUUUCAAAACAAUCUCAGAACUUAAAAACUGUUGAUAAAUUACAAAAAAUUGAAAUACUUAAAGAAGAAUCUUACUGGCGAGAAGUUCUUCAUCGUUUAGUUGAAACUAUUAAGUUUUUGUCAACAAGAGGUCUUGCCUUUAGAGGUGAUGAUCAAACCCUAGGUUCUUGCCAUAAUGGAAAUUAUUUAGGAUUUAUUGAAUUACUUGCUAAAUUUGAUCCAUUCCUUUCUACACAUAUUAAUAAGUAUGCAAAUAAAGGCACAGGAAAUGUAUCAUAUUUGUCAAAUACAGUUUGUGAUGAGUUAAUCUUGGCCAUGAGUAAAACUAUUCUAGAUAAAAUAAUUCAAGAAAUUAAAAUUUCCAAGUAUUUCUCUAUUAUAGUUGACUCAACACCAGAUAUGUCAAAAAUUGAUCAACUGACAGUUGCAGUAAGAUAUACAAUGCUUGAUGGUUCACCUGUUGAACAUUUUUUGGGAUCUUUACCUUCUGUUGGUCAUAAGGCAGAAGAAAUGGAUUAUGACAACGCACAAAAUAUGGCAGGAAUUUAUAACGGAUUACAAGCCAGAAUAAAAAAGAAAUCCCCUACAGCUGAAUUUGUGCCAUGUUCCGCUCACUCAUUGAAUUUAGUCGGUACAUUUGCCGCUGAAGCGACAAGCAUUGGUAACCGUUUUUUCAUGACCACUCAGAAUUUAUAUACAUUUUUUUCUGGAUCUACAUCGCGUUGGAAAAUCUUAGAAAAUCAAUUAAAAGAUGUUCCAAAUUCAACACUACUAAAAAAUUUAUGUCCAACUAGAUGGUCAUCUCGAUAUGCGGUAUGUAAAUCUAUCAAAAAUGGUUAUCCUGGGAUUAUUGCUGCCUUACAAGAAAUAUCAAAAGAUAUAAGUCAACGACCUGCUACAAUAUAUGAAGCUAUAGCACUUAAUAAAAAAAUUGAAAAUUUAGAAUUUAUAUUUAUGUUGGUUCUUUGGACACCAAUUUUGGAAAGAUUCAACAUGACUAGUAAAAGCUUACAAUUUGUUGAUAUUGAUUUAAAUAAUUUUGAUAUUCUGUUAAAUGAAGCUAUGUGUAUUUGUAAAAAAGAUAUGUUCCCCAAUGAGUCAAAAAGACAAUCACGAAGGACUGUGUUUUUUGAUGAAGACAAUGCUGAAGAAACUGUUUUUACAGAAAAAAUAGAUAAUACAGAUUUAAGAGUUAAAGCAGAAAUUUUAGUGAAGACAUAUGAAGAAGAUCUGGAUGCUGAUUUCAUCGAAGAGGUUAUUCAGUUUAAGGCAAUAUUUUCAUGUAUGCCAGAAAAUCAAAAAACAUCCAUACAUAUUUUAUUUAAAGCAUUAACAACUUCUCCUAUAAUCACUACAUUUCCAUCAAUAGAAAUUGCAUUAAAAAUAUUUAGAUGUUUGCCAUGUUCUAACUCAAGUGGCGAACGAUCAUUUUCUGUUCUUAAAAGAGUUAAAACAUACCUUCAAUCAUCAUUAUCAAAUGAAAAAAUUUCACAGUUAUCAGUCUUAUUUGCUAAAGGGAAAGCAAGAAAAAAAUUGUUAUAA